AAGCGACCGCAGAUGAGCUUAUUCCAAGAAAAAAUCUCUCCCGUCUCCGUAUCCUCCGCUCCUUCGCCAUCUCGCGGUCGCGGCUGAACAGGGGAGGGGGAGGGGCGCCGAUCUCCAUCUGGCGAGGAGAGCAGAGCAGGGGAGGGGAUCCUGAUUGUUUGUUCCCCCAAAGUUUGGGGGUUCAACUGAAACCCCAUGCCCCCCCAUGUCCCAAGUUGGAUCCGCCGGUGAGGGAUCCAAUUCCAUGGCGGCUGCUCCUCCUCCUCGCCUCCUCCUCCUCGUCGUCCUCCUCCUCGUGCCAGUCUCCAACGCCAUCUACUGCGAGGAGGAUGAUUGCUAUGAUCUUCUAGGAGUCAAGCAGGACGCGAACGUAUCGGAGAUCAAGAAAGCCUACUACAAGCUCUCUCUCAAACACCAUCCGGAUAAGAAUCCUGAUCCGGAGUCACGGAAGCUGUUUGUCAAGAUUGCCAAUGCUUACGAGAUUCUAAAAGACGAAUCAACUAGGGGGCAAUAUGACUAUGCUAUUGCACAUCCAGAGGAGGUUUUCUACAACACUGCUCAGUACUAUAGGGCAUACUAUGGCCAUAAAACGGAUCCUCGUGCUGUGUUAAUUGGCCUUCUUCUAAUUAUUUCAGCAUUUCAAUACUUAAACCAGUUCGGAAGGUAUAGUAAGGCCAUAGAAACUGUGAAGCAAACUCCUGCUUACAAAAAUAGGUUAAAAGCAUUGGAGUUUGAGCGAACAGGAGGAAUUUCAAGCAAAAAGAAGGGUCACAAGCAGAUGGAUAAGAAAGUUGAAGAAGUGCUAAGUAACGAAGUUGAGUUGCAGAUCCAGGGGGUUGAAAAACCUUCCUUAUGGAGACUCUAUGGUGUUCAGUUUAUACUUCUGCCAUAUUCCAUAGGCAAGGUGCUCAGUUGGAAAUUUUGUUGGUUUUGGAGAUACCGGAUAAAGAAAUUACCAUAUGCAUGGGAGGAUGCAUGCUACUUGACUCGGAUGUCUCUUAAGAUACCUGCUAAUACAUGGGAAAAUAUUGAUGAUUAUAGGAAGGAGAAUCUUGUCAUGAAACGCCUCUGGGAAAAGAACAAUAUGGAGAGGUAUAUUGCAGAGAUGAGAAAGGAAUCAAAGCGUAGAAGAUAGCUGUAGCAUAUUCAACAAGAACGUGGACCGAGAACCCCCUGGAUGUCAGCAACCCAACUCCUAUUUGUCAAAGCUUGUGUCACAGUACGUUGCUUUAUUGCCCUUUUAGGGAUUAAAACAAAGAGAUUAGGAGCUAGUUUAGCAAUCGUCUUCCCUUGCAGCCAUCUGUCACUCCAAAACUUGGUAAUUUCUCCAUUUCAAACUGUAGUUUUGAAAACAUCAAAAAGGGAGUUUUGAUGGAUAAACCAGCCCAAGGCCUUGAAGAGUCUGUUUUUUUUAACCAAAGCCAUCUCAUGUGCAAAGCCCACCCCAUCUUUUCAAGAUUAAGAAUACCAAGUUCUCCCAAAGAUAGGGGCCGACACACUCGGUCCCAACAAACCAAGCAGUUCCCAUGGGUUCCAUGUACAAUACAAAUUAACUACGUAAUUAAUUGAGACAAUACAAAUUAAUUAUUUA